AAUUACGGGAGAGUUAAUAUCUCGACAUUUAUUUUUCUUUGACACGUGUGUAAAAAAAAAAAUUCAAAAAAAGAAGUAAAUAAUUACUAUCGGACGGUAUUGAAUAAAUACACAAUUUGUCAACCGUGCGGAACAGUCUUCGAAUUGAAGAUGUAUAAUACCGUAUUCGUGUGCCUUGCCUUGUGCUCGGCAUUUUUGGGCAUGACUUCCGGUCAGUGCAUGACCGAAAAUGAUAACCCAACGACGAUGGAGCGGGAUUUCAACGAGAAGCUAUCGCAGGCGCGUCUUGACUUCGCCUUCGAUACGUUGAGGAUAUUGUCGGAGUUCGAGGACGUCGACAAUAUAUUUUACAGCCCGCAUAGCCUGCACGAAGCCCUGACGCUGGCCUACUUCAGCGCUCGAGGAGAAACGGAAGCCGGACUAAAACGGGCGCUUCACGUUCCAGAAACAUACUCAAAAACUCAUGUCCAGCGAUUCUACGUACUUGAAAAUUCCUUGAGGAGGUUCAUAGCUGAGCAGGGAAAUGCGAGCACGAGCUACGAGUUCAAUACCGCAAACAAACUCUGGGUUACCAAGGAGAGGCGCCUCAGAGAGUGCAUGCUUGACCUCUUCGGUUCUGAGCUCGAGCAGGUUGACUUUAGGGCGGAUCCAGAAGCUAUUCGGGAGAGGAUUAACCAAUGGACGAGCAACGCGACAAAGGGUCAUAUCCAGGACCUCAUUCCUGCCGACGGCAUCACUGGGGACUCCAACCUCGUUUUGGCUAGUGCAGUGUACUUCAAGGGACUCUGGAAGAGCAAGUUUGAUACCGCAAACUCGAAGAAAGAUAACUUCUACUCAAAUGGAUCUCGCACCCAUCUUGUUACUUUUAUGAAGCAGAAGGGAACAUUCAGCCAUGUCGUUUCGGAAGAAAUCGGGGCGCACAUACUCCAGCUUCCGUACAAGGGUGACGAAAUCUCGAUGUACGUUCUACUGCCGCCUUUCGCGGGAGCGCGGGCCGCCGAGGGUAACGAAAGUUUUGAUGGAGUGCAACAGCUGAUAAAGCGUAUAACCGGAACUGGGCAAGCCAGCCAGGAGCUCCGUGAGAUCCUGAACGACGGCAUGGCUGCGAGGGAGGUCGACAUAUCGAUGCCGAAGUUCAAUGUCGACAAAGAGCUGCCACUCAACCCACUCCUAAUCAAGAUGGGCGCCAACAAUCUUCUGACCCCGACUGCCGACCUUACUGGACUCCUCCAGGACGGCGAGCCCAGCCUCCACCUCGGGGACGCCGUGCAUCGCGCCGUCGUCGAAGUCACGGAGGAGGGUACCAAGGCCACCGCGGCUACCGCCAUCUUCAGCUUCCGCUCGAGCCGACCAGCCGAGCCUGCGGUCUUCAAUGCCAACCACCCCUUCCUCUACUUCAUCUACAAUAGGCUAACCCGCUCAAUCCUCUUUGCUGGCGUCUAUCGCACACCACUGACGACAACGUCUGUCUCUUACGACUAGAACCUAGAAUAGUCCCCAAAACGUCAGGGAACGCAAGACGUCCAAGUUCUCCAAGAACUGUGGUCUCUGAUUUUUCGCAGUAAAUAAAUUCGACGGGGAUAUAUUUGGUGAAAUCGAGUUGUGUCGCGUUGUAUAACCGUGGCGUAUGCGUAGCGAGAGAAAACAGUAAAAUUCAGCACGCCAAGUGACUGACUGCGCAUGCGCAAGAUAAUUGGACUUGAUUGGUUAGCGAGACCGUGCCGUGGCAAAAUUUCUACCUGGAAGGCAGAGGAGCCAACUUUGUGUUCUAAACGGGGCAUGGGCGGUCAAUUUCGAAGUGGCGAAUAGAGGUUAUGUUGCUACGAUGACUCGUGUUGUCAGUUAUCGGUCAGGUAGCGAUAAACGUUUUCAAAAAUUUUGCAAGCCGUCAAUCAGUUAAUCGAAAUUUGCUUUACCUGAAAAAAUUUGCAACGCAUUCAAUAGUUGAUGCUUUGCGUAGCCAGCCUGCAUGAGAAGACAACAAAACUCGCGCAGGCGCAGUCAGUCACCAAGCGUGCAAUACCUCACCAUUUACUGUCAGCAUAAGGCUUAUUUUUAUUUUAUAACGAUUUCCCGGUUUGUUAAACAAAGUAUUUUUCAUACAAGGUUCAUGCGUUGUGGCAAAUGUAUCUGUGAUCGACGUUUCGGAGAACAAAGAGUUUUAAUAUUCUCAAGUUAGGGAUCAGAUAAUAUCGAUGUCGACUUUACUGGUUAUUUAUAAGAAAUAAAAUAGGCGGACACUCUAGGAAAAAAGAUACCUAUGACAUUAUACUGUGAAGUCUCCUUCUCUGAACUAUGAAACUAUUGCAGAAAUACAAUAGUGUUUAAAAAAUUCCAACUUUCGGUGUUAUUUACACUUUCCGAAAUAUUCGCCAAACGCUAUUUACCAAGAAUCAGAAAAAAGGAUCCCCGUAUCAAUAUUAUCAUAAUAUUCAUUCGGGCGUCAUAUACUUCAUAGACACACAUAGACAUAGACACUUUCUUAUACAUGCUUACACAACCUUGAACAGUUGUUUUUUUUUUUUGAAUAUUUUGUUAGACUUUGCGGUUUAUAUACUACAGUAUACUACUAUAUUACUAAUUUAUUGAUCCCAGACUAGUUUCUACUUGUUUUCUGUCAUUCUCUAUAUUUACUUUCACUUCAUUUUUUUCGCACCUAGCAACACGUUAGUACUAUAUUUCUGUUGGCUUUUGAAUUUAGUUGUUUUAUUACCUUAUAUUUUGUCUUAUAAUUAGUAGUAUUUUAUGCUUAAGACCAAUAAUUAGAAUGAUUUAAUUAGGCUUAUGAAAGCUACGUUACAUAUUAUUAUGGAUUAUUUAUACAUGCUGCUAAUCGUAACAUAUUGUAUGUUGCAUUUAUUGAACGAUAGAUUCGAAUCUUGUAUACUUUUGAUUAUUACGAAUUUAU